AGUCACCUCUGGCUGCUCCCCGGGUGCCAGCUGAGGGUCCAGCCUUCACCACAGCUGUGACCCCGGCCCCAGGGGGCUGGUACCUGGGCACCUGCUGGGCACACGGCAGAGCCCCCUCCCCAGUGCUGGCAGGGAGUGCCUUGUCUGGUCUGCGUUUGCUGCUCUUGUGGCUCCAGCCCCGGCGGGGUUGCAGCCCCAGAAAGUGCCGGGAAGCGGGGCGGGCUGCCCAGCCUGGAGGUGCUGCUGGCCCGGUGGCCCCCAGCCUGUUCCACCUCAUGCUCACGGGGCAGGAAAAAGCUGUUUCCUGUGCAUCCGCUGCUGCGGCGCCAGGAGAGGUGGCUGAACGCUGGUGGCUGGAGACGUGCCCGCCCGGUCCCUGCAGCCCAUGCUGGCUUCCGGGGGGGAGCGGGGCGGCGGAGGCCUGCGCCUUUCCCACAGCUCCAUCGUGCCCCGGAGGCCGGAUGCACAAGGCCGUGUCGCACCUGGCUGGCCCACAGGGGAUAGCAGCACCCAGGGCUGUGCCCAGGGUGAGGGAAAAGGAAGCAGAAAGGAGGAAACUCCAAGCCAGGGAGAGGAAGCAAGCGACCCGGAGGAGACGGACGGGCUGGACGGCAAGCACUGCGCUGGGCAGCCCGGCAUGGCGUGGCUGCGGGUCCUGUUCUGCCUCCAGCUCCUGCUCUGGGCCUGGGGCUCCGCGCAGGAGCUGGACGCAGCCGGGAGGAACGUGUGCGUGGACAAGAGCGUCCCCGCAGGCCUGGCGUGCUGCCCCGGCUGGAGGCAGGAAGGCAAGGAGUGCACGGCUGCAGUGUGCGAGGGCGAGGACGCCUGCACGGCCGAUGAGGUGUGUGUGAAGCCGGGGGUCUGCCGCUGCAAGCCUGGCUUCUUCGGGGCCCACUGCAGCUCCCGCUGCCCCGACCAGUACUGGGGCCCUGACUGCAAGCAGAGCUGUCUGUGCCACCCGCAUGGGAAGUGCAACCCCGUCACCGGCCAGUGCACGUGCCACGCCAAUCGCUGGGGACCUCUCUGCCAGUUCCCGUGCCCAUGCGGGCCUCACGGUCACUGCCACCCCCUCACCGGAGCUUGCCUGUGUGAGCCGGGCUGGUGGGCACCGACCUGCAAGCGGCAGUGUCAGUGCAACCUGUCUGGCUCCCGCUGCGACCCCGCCACCGGGCAGUGCCUCUGUGCCCAAGGCUGGUGGGGCAGGCGGUGCAGCUUGCCGUGCUCCUGCCACCUCUCCCCGUGCGCCCAGGACUCGGGGAAGUGCGAGUGCAAGGCGGGGUUCUGGGGCUUGUUAUGCCAACACCCGUGCGACUGCCUGCACGGGAGCUGCAGCCCCGUCACUGGGUCCUGCACCUGCAGCCCUGGCUACCAGGGCAGGAGCUGCAGGGACCCCUGCCCAGCCGGGCACUACGGACCGCAGUGCAAGCACAGCUGCGGGCACUGCAAGCGGAGCCAGCCCUGCUCGCCCGUGGAUGGGUUCUGCCUGGCGUGCGAGCCGGGCUGGAACGGGACCCUGUGCAACCAGCCCUGCCUGCCUGGACGCCACGGGGAGAACUGUUCCCAGGCCUGUCCCCAGUGCCGGGGUGGGGAGACCUGCCACCCGAAGACCGGCACCUGCCAGGACUGUGAUCCCGGCUGGACAGGACCCAGCUGCGAUGCGCCCUGCCCGGACGGCAUGUUUGGGGACAGGUGCCAGCUCCCCUGCCCAGUAUGCAUCAAAGGGCGUUGCGACCCGGUGUCUGGGGAGUGCGUCUGCCAGGCUGGGUACUGGGGCAGCAGCUGCAAUGAGACCUGCCAGGAUGGGUUCUUUGGUGUGAACUGCUCGUCCCCGUGCCCGUGCGCAGGGGGCCCCUGCCACCCGCUCUCCGGGGACUGUGCACUCAGGUCUCGCUACCAGGGCGCCCUGAUCGCAGGCGUGCUUGUCCCGCUGCUGCUCCUGCUGCUCUGCAUCGCCUGCUGCUGCUGCUGUGGGACCGGCCAGGUGGAGGCGAGGGACAGGGCAGCCAUAGCCGACGCGGACGUGCUGUCCCGAAUGAAGCACCACGUGCAGGGUGUGCUAGCCAACCUCAGCUCCAUGCUGCCUUGCUUCUCGCUGGGGGGCUACAAGCUCCCCCGGGUCACAGUCUCGCACCACGACACGGAGAUUCCCUUCAACCCCAGCUUCAUCGAGCCGCCCUCUGCGGCCUGGGCCUCGGACAGCUCCUUCUCCUCCUUCGACUCGGACGACGACGGCCCGGCCUACUGCGUCCCUACCAUUGCCAUGGAAGAUGUGCCAGCAGGCUCUGAGCUUCAGGAAGGCGGCUCCCCAGGGAACGAGUUGCCCGACGCAACGGCCUUUAACUUGGAAGACGUCUCCCAGCCGUUCAUCAUCCCCCGCACGUCCAGCAUUGCCAAGGCCAAGAGGCCCUCGGUGUCGUUUGCCGAAGGCACUAAGUUUGGCCCUCAGUGCAGAAGCGGCUCUGUAGAGACGCCCAGCACCUCCCGGAAGCCCAAGUCCUCUUGGGGUCUCCCCAAGCCACCCCCGGCCGACGUGGAGGAGAGUGCCCAGCCAGGUGGGUGGCCCAACGACUACGAAAACGCAGAGCCCAUCGCCACGGGCGAAGACAGCCACCGGCCCUCACCCCGCAGCACCCCAGGGGGCCGGAGGAGGGUGGUGUCCAGCACCCGGCAUGUGGCCCAGAGGGUGGAGGCCCUCGAGGCAGCUUCGAAGCUGGAGCAGAACGUCACGACCAUUUACAUGACGGUGGGCACGGCGAGGAGGGGCACCCGGCACAGCGGGGGCAGCCAAGGGAGCGGAGAGGGGCCGGUGCAGGCGGUUCUCAAACGGCUGGGCAGUUUCCAGAGAGGCAAAAGGGCCUCCAAGGAGGAGCCCAAAGUGCGCAGAGGCCCUGAGAGCAUCCAGAAGCCUCCCCGCCGGGCCCUGGGCCAGGAGAGGGACUCCACAUACACCCACACCCCGCCCCAGCAGAGAGAGGACACCAAGAGCCUAGGCCCGGGCACCGCUGAGCCCCCCGCAGAGCAACAGCAGCACCGUGCUGGGCAGAGACCGUCUCCCAUCCCCGCAGCGCCUGGGGUUUGGGACGCGGAGGCCCAGGGAGAAGACGAGGCCGAGAAGAGCGAGGGUCCUGAGCGAGCUGGAAAUCUAGAAGCAAACGGACAGGCAGCAGCUGAGGAAGAGGAGCCGAAGUAUGAGAACGUGACUCCCUAUCACAGCAGCCUGCCUCGCAGCCCCUCGGGCGAGUCCCCAGCCACCGCCGCAGAACAUGAGGCCAGCCCCUGAGGCCCGCGGCGCCAACCCCGGCCCCUGCUGCUGACCUCAGCCUCCCCGCAGCAGAGCUGGAGCCAGAGCUGGGCAGGCCUGCGUCUCCUCUGACCCCAGACUUCCCUCCCCGACAUGCUGCACUAGCUGGACCCAUGCCUCGUGCCUCCCUCCAGCCCGUGCCCCGGGUCAGGGGCUGCGUUGUGCUGGGCAGGCUGCCUGCCGGGAGCACCGCACUGGCACCUGAUGGGCCACGGUGACCUACAUGUGCACGGGGCUCGUUGCCAGGCAUGGGCAGGCCGGGCUUCCCGGCCCCGGAGCUGGUCAGACAUGACUGCACCGCGACUGCAUGGAAAGCCUGGGCGCUGACCUUGGUGCAGCUGCUCCUGGGCUUUCCGGGCAGCCACCUCGGCUCUGCAGGUUGUAGGGCGUCUUGGAUCCACUGGGCUGGCUGCAGUGGGCAAGGCACAGCUUCUCCAGGGCCACCCCUGCUCCCACAGUCCCUGGGAGCCCAGGGGGAGGGGAUCCCACCCCCGGCCUCCACAGCUCCCUGGGCUGGGGCUGCCUUGCCACGCUCCCAGUUCUUCCUGCUCCUUUUGCUGCCUCGGGUGCUGGCAGGACCUGCUGCACGGGCCCACUUCGGAGUGGCCCCCUGGGGAAGUGGGGCCUGGGCCCGUGUGCCGCUCCGCUCUGCUGCGUGAGCACGGGGAUGGGACUUGUUCCUGCCACUGGAGCUGCGGCAGCUGCGCCGCCAGAGCGCACGUGCCACCGAAGCAGCUGGCAGUGACCUGCAGCCGCGGCCCCGGCUCAGUGCUGGGAGCCAGCAACCCGCCGUCCUGGGGAGGCUCUCAGGAGGGGGAGCGCUGGCUUGGACUCCCGGCCGGAGGGGCUGUUACAAUGGGGGCUUUUUAGUUGACCGUGCCGCGUGGAGACGGAAGCAGCCCGGCAUGGUUCAUUUUAGCUGCUUAGCUGCAGAACAGUGGGCUCUUGCAGGUUUCCCAAGCUGCCUUCCACACGUGCUCCGGUCCCUCCAGCUCCAGCUGGUGUGUGAAACGCGGCGCUGCUGUGGCACCGGGGCCCCGGGGCUGGGCUUGCCCGUGUAUCGGGGCUCCGUGCUGUGUCUAGCCCUGUGUCACCGGGGCAGGGGAGGCUCUGCCCGAGGGGGAUUCCUGCCCGUCCGGCCCCGGGUCCAGCACCACACAACCUGGUCGCUGUCCUGCAGUGCAAAGCUGCUGCCACCACGAGGCUCGGGGACCGGGGCAGAGUCCUCGCUCCCGCCCGGGGCUUGCUGCAGUUCUGGCUUGUUUGCAGGGAUUCAUUGCUUGCAUUUACAGACAACAGCGAGCGAGGCAGAGCGUGGCGGGGUUGGGAAUGCCUCGGAGCGAGGAACCGUAGGCCGUGGCUCCUGUCAGGGGCGGUAAUCCCAAGCUGAGGUCCCUGGAUCAUGUUUUAGGGCUGCCAGGCUUCAGUUCUCCCCAAGCCCCCGAGUGUGCAGAGCGGAUCCGGCCCCUGGGCCCGGUGUUUCCCUGCGGGGGGCUGAGGAGAAGUCCCAGGCAGGGGCAGUUCCUGCUUUGCAAUCGCGGUGGGUGCUAGACAGGGCACUUCUGCCCUGGGACCUGCCUGCCAGGACGGCGGCCGCAGCGCCCGGCCCCGGGGCACAGGGCCCGUUUCUCCCGCCGCCUGCUCGCCCGGGGCAGGACGGGGCGGGCUCGGAGCCAGCCGGCUUUACUGCGGGGGCCGGGAUGCAUCUGCCUGGGGCUGUGCAGACGGGGUACUGUCGCUCCACCGCCAGCUGAAUUUCUACCCUCGAGUAAAAAAUGUAUCUCACGUGAGUCUGGGGCAGGCGGUAGCUGCCAGCAAGUAUACUGUCUUUCCUGUCUUCAGCAUAACCGCUCAGCUGCGGCAGAGAUCUUCGCCCUGAUUAAAAUGUCUGCUGUG